ACUCUGCCAACAAGAUGGACUAUUUGCACUUAGUGUAAAUAGACAUUCCGUUCAUUGAUUUCAUAUAUAGCGUACUCAGUGGCUUUCACUAUAUUUGGAUUAGUGAAUGAGUAAACGAUUAAGCCAAAGUGCGUACUUUUAUACUGUCGCAAAACUGUGGUGCAGUUUGCGGCAUUUGGAUCAUGGCGGAGUCUGUAAACGGAGGACCGUUGAUUUCGAAAUGGCUUGAGGCUUCAGACAGAAAAGCUGCAAUACUACGCUAUGUGGGAGAGCAAGUCCCCCUCAUUUACUGCCUGGAGGCGGAGUCACAACAACAAGAGGAGGACCAAAACAUUCAGGAACGCCUUCUCUAUCCCCUGGAGUGCUUCCUUUUUGGGGAGGACCCUUGUGUUGGCCUGGAGAAGUUAGAGCAGUGUAACAGUGGCUCAUCUUCUCAGCAAUGUGGACGUGUUUUUAAAGAAGGCGAGACAGUCUACUCCUGCAGGGAGUGUGCGAUAGAUCCCACUUGUGUACUCUGCAUGGAAUGCUUCCAGAAAAGCGUGCACAAAAGUCAUCGCUACAAGAUGCAUGCAUCAGCAGGAGGUGGUUUCUGUGACUGUGGAGACUUGGAGGCAUGGAAGACCGGACCCUGCUGCUCCCAACACGACCCCGGCACAUCAGUCUCUAUGGAAACGGAUGAGUGUGUGAUGGAUCCAGGCCUCCAGGAACGGGCUCAGUCAUUGUUCCAGGUGCUGCUGAGUUACACUAUUGACAUGCUGGUUUGGGAGGAGGAUGAUGAACUCUCAGAAGAGCUGAAGCCCAAAGUGAAGGAGGACACCUACUUCUGUGUGCUCUACAAUGAUGAACAUCACUCAUACGACCAUGUCAUCUACACACUUCAGCGAGCUAUCAACUGCGACCCAAAUGAGGCUAAAACAUGCACUGCUGUCAUUGACAAGGAGGGACGGAGAGCAGUUAAGAGAGGUACUCUAAGUUCCUGCCAACAAGUCAAGGAAAGUAUCAGGCAUAACUCAGAGCAAAUUACCCAGCAGCCUUUGCGGGUGGAGAUCCUUCACACUGCUGUGAUGGCUCAUCAGACCUUUGCCCUCAGACUCGGUACAUGGUUCCAGAAGAUCAACGGCUACUCAGUAGGCUUCAGGCAGGUGUUUUGCCAGGUGGCAUUGGAGCCAAGCGCUGACAAUGAUAAACUCUGUCUGAUCAGUCGAGUCAUGCUACAUGACGCCAAACUAUAUAAAGGAGCCCGCAAGGUCGUCCACGAGUUGAUUUUCAGUAGCUUACUAAUGGGCACAGAAUACAAGAGGCAGUUUGCCAUGAAAUUCACAGAGCACUACAAACAGCUUCAGGAAGACUUCAUUAGUGAUGACCAUCAGAGGAAUAUCUCAGUCACAGCCUUGUCUGUGCAGAUCUUCACUGUUCCCACUCUGGCCAGGCAGUUGAUAGAGGAGGGUAAUGUCAUAAAGGUGAUCAUAGACACAGUGAUGGAGAUGAUGAGGGAACAUCUGGACAACAACAACCGCUUCCACUUUCAGGGCUACAACUCCGACAAGUUCUUCCGUGUUCAAGUGAUCUUCCAUGACCUCAGGUACAUUCUAAUCAGUAAGCCCUCAGUAUGGACGGAGGAGCUAAGGGUGAAGUUCCUUGAAGGCUUUCGUGUCUUUCUUGGUUUCCUUCGCUGUAUGCAGGGGAUGGAGGAGGUGAAGAGACAGUUUGGUCAACACGUUGAGGUGGAGCCAGAGUGGGAGGCGGGGUUUACCCUCCAGAUGCAGCUACGCCACAUUCUGGCUAUGUUUAAGGAGUGGUGUUCUUCUGAUGAAAGGGUUCUGCUGCUGGCCUUUCAGGAUUGUCAUAGAGUGCUAAUGUCCUGCACCAACCAGCCCUUCCGCAGCGAGCCAACAGACAGCUACAUGUGCAAGCAAAUCCUCCACACACGGCCGUACAAAGUCUCCCAGGAGCCUGUGUCCAUCCACAUGCCCCUCUCCAGGCUGCUGGCCGGUUUAUAUGUGCUCUUGUGUCAGACCGGAGCAGUCCAGUAUCUCCCUGACUUUGUGGAUCCUGCGCAGCUGAAUUUCACAGAGCUAGCAGAGCAGCCACUGCGCUGUGUGGUGCUGGCAGCUCAGGUGUGUGCCGACAUGUGGCGCAGAAACGGCCUGUCACUCGUCAGCCAGGUGUAUUACUAUCAGGACGUUAAGUGCAGGGAUGAAAUGUUUGAUAAGGAUGUUAUCAUGCUGCAGAUUGCUGCUUCCAAAAUGGACCCCAACCAUUUUCUCAUGCUCAUUCUUUUGAGAUUUGAACUUUUCGAUAUUUUCAAUGGUAACUGUUCCAGUAAAGAUCAGGAAGUGCUGAAACAGUGGAAUAGGGUAAUAGAGGAGAUGCUGUACCUCAUAAUCAUCAUUGUAGGUGAGCGGUACGUACCUGGAAUCAGUUAUGUAACUAAGGAGGAAGUGACUAUGAGGGAGGUCAUCCAUCUGCUGUGUAUUGAACCCAUGGCUCAUAGCAGUCUGGUCAAAAACCUGCCUGAAAAUGAAAGCCAUGAAACUGGACUUGAAACCGUCAUCUCUAAGGUUGCCACCUUCAAGAAACCAGGAGUGUCUGGCCAUGGCUUGUAUGAGCUGAAGAAGGAAUGUCUAAAAGAGUUUAACCCCUUCUUUUAUCAUUACUCCAGACCACAGCAUAGUAAGGCAGAAGAGGCUCAGAAGAGAAGAAGGGCUCAAGAAGGUAGUGAUAAAGCGCUCCAUCCCCCAGUGCCCCCUUCCUUCUGCCCAGUGUUCUCCAGUGUAGUGCGUCUGCUCUGCUGUGACGUCUUUAUCCACAUCCUGCGAAGAGUUCUCCAGAAAGCAGUGGAGGACCGAUCCAACCGAUGGACUGAACCCAUGAUCCAGAGGGCACUGCAUCUUGUGGGACAGGCGCUAAUAGAGGAAAAAACGCAGUUGGAAGCCAGCAGUGCUGAAGAAGUGACCUUUGACUUUAGUCUGAAAGCACAAAUAACUGGUUCUGAACAUGGCAAAUCGUUGUUCCACUUCCUGAACAAAAUGAAGUCUUUACCUUCCCUUGAAGCUCAGAAAGACAUGAUUGCUUGGAACUUACAGAUGUUUGAAGUGGUGAAGUGUCUUCGGCUGAAAUCAGGCGCUGUAGCUUCUUCAUUUGCAAUGGAUCAGAGCAAAUCAGAGGAGACUGUUCAGGAUAAAGAGAAAGCAGAGCGGAAGCGAAAGGCAGAGGCUGCUAAAGCACACAGGCAGAAGAUCAUGGCUCAGAUGUCUGCCAUGCAGAAAAACUUCAUUGAGUCCAACAAGAUGCUUUAUGACAAUGUGCCUGAGAGCUUGAGUCAGAGCGAAGCAGCCACCUCUGUGAAGAGUUUUGGGAUGGAUGUGGAUGACAGCAGAGUGGCCGUGGGACCACAGCAGGGUUUAUGUUCCACAGACUGGGGGGCUUUGACCUGCAUCCUGUGUCAGGAGGAGCAGGAGGUUCAAGCUUGGGCACCUGCCAUGGUCCUCACAGCCUGUGUACAAAGAUCUACAGUGCUCACCCAGUGCCGGGGCAAGACACUCUCUGCUAAAGAAAACCACUACCCCAUGUUUAUGCCCCCUGAUCUGGCUGUGGGCACACACACUGGCAGCUGUGGACAUGUAAUGCAUGCCACCUGCUGGCAAAAGUACUUUGAGGCAGUGCAGAAUACCACUCGGAAUCGGCUGCAUGCUGAACUGAUCAUAGACCUGGAGAAUGGAGAGUACAUGUGUCCACUCUGCAAAUCCCUCUGUAACACUGUUAUUCCUCUCAUCCCCAUGGAGCCCAGCAAGCUCAACUAUGAGAGUGCCGAGUUAGUUGGCCAGCAUCUCACUCUUGCGCGCUGGAUUCAGAUCGUGUUUUCUCGGAUUAAAGGACUGAGAGCUGCACAGGAACCUGAGAGUAACAAUGACGCAAUGGCAAAUGAAGCGACAGCACUUUUUGAAGAGGAUCAAGCAGAUUUCAGAUCCAUUCUCAGUUUUGGAGUUCAAGAGACGCCAAAGUUCUCCCGUAGUAUCACAGAGAUGUUAGGGGUCUGUGCGACCACAGUGCACAGGGUGGGUCUGCAGACUGCCCCCAAUGAUCUGUGCCCAUAUGUGCCAGUCAUGUCCUGGAACACCUGUGCCUACACCAUCCAGGCCGUCGAGAACAUGUUACAAGAAGAGGGGAAAGCACUGUUCGGCUCCCUCCAAAACAGACAGCUUUCUGGACUCAAAGCAGUGGUGCAGUUCUCAGCAGCUCAGAGGCUGAAGAGCAGUCAAGCUGUCGUACAGAAGCAUUUUGCUAACAUGUUAGCAGUCUUGUUACCUGUUCCUAAUGUAGAAGAAACACCAUCAAUAUUAGAAGUGGAUUUCUUUCAUCUUAUGGUGGGGCUGGUCCUGUCUAUCCCAGCACUGUAUCAGGAAGAGGCUGUAGACUUGCAGCCGUCUAUAAUCAGCACUGCAUACAAUCACCUCCACCUUCUGCACCUUCUCACUAUGGGACACAUGCUGCAGGUCCUGCUGGCCUUGCACGAUUGUGCUGUGACAGGAGGAGGAGACGAGGGAGAUGAAGCUCAGGCCGCAGCAAUGCUCUACUCUACUGUAUCUCAACACACUGAUGGGUUGAGGACUGGUGUAUCUGGCUCCACAGUUGCAGAGGGAGUAAAGAUAGGUGUGAUGCCCUUCCUGCGCUGUGCCGCUCUGUUCUUUAAUUGCCUUACAGGAGUGCCCCCUCCAGAGGAGCUCUCCAGUAUUACAGAAUCACCAGAAAGUGAGCUGCCUCUGCUGUGUAGUUAUCUCGCCUUGCCCUGCAACCUAUUUCAAUUGUUUCAGGACCACAGGGACGUGAUAACCCCCUUAAUAAAGAGGUGGUGUGGAAAUACAGCCAUAUCCAAAGCCCUCAAAGGAGAAAUGCAUAUCAUCAGGUAUCCCCGCAAGAGAAACCGGUUAAUAGAUCUUCCAGAGGACUAUAGCGUGCUACUUAAUCAAGCUAGUCACUUUAAAUGCACAAACUCAUCAGAUGAUGAGCGAAAGCACCCUACUCUGUGUCUGCUCUGUGGAGUCACGCUGUGUGCGCAGAGCGCUUGCUGUCAGGUGCAGCUGAACGGGGAUGAGGUGGGAGCCUGCACGGCUCAUGCUGCCACCUGCGGGGCUGGAGUGGGAUUGUUUCUCAGGGUUAGAGAGUGCGAGAUUGUUUUGAUGGCCAGUAAGACGCGAGGCAGUCCCUAUCCAGCACCUUACCUAGAUGACUAUGGAGAAACAGAUCCUCAGCUUGGGCGAGGGAACCCACUGCAUCUGUGUCCAGAGCGCUACCACAAGUUGCUCCUUAUGUGGCAACAGCACUGCAUCCUGGAAGAAAUCGCCCGCAGCCUGGAAGUACUCAACGUCAUGUUUGCCUUUGAGUGGCAGAUGCUUUAAGAAAAGCAUAAUGCGAACAGCGGGGCUCACCACAUUAUUCACAUUUCACAUGCCUGCGCAUGAAAUCAGCCUGACUGCAAGCAGUAAUAAAAAUGCCUAACAUCUUUAUGUGCUGCUGUCAGUUUUUUCAAGCAGCUAUUGCAUUUAUAUGAGCCACAGUGAACAGACACAUCCCACAAAAGAUCUUUUAUGAAGUCAUUGUUUUUUCUCGGCUCUUUAUUUAUUUAGCUUUGGCUUGAGUGCAGUGGAAAAGUUCACACUAUUCUGAUUCGUUGGAGAGAUCUACAUUUAAUAUAGCAUUGCAGCUUUUCCUUUUUCGCUCAUGGUGUUUUUACAUUAUUUUCAGGGAGUAAAGAUUUAUUGACUGUCACUAUUGAAUGCAAUGGGUUUUUUUUUUAUACCUCUGUAAAAUGCUAACCUAUUCAGCUUUUUCUUUCAUCUGUGUGAGGAAUUUUAUUCAUUUGAAUAUAUCUAUAUAUGACGUUAUUUUGCAAACAAAGAUGCCCUGAGUGUAAAAGUAUAAUCAGUGUUUCAGGGUGAGAAUCUGCUUUGCGAGUUAUGUACUUAAAGUAGGUGGAUUUCAUCAGCGUGUACAGAUCACAUUUCUCCCCAACAUUAAAAGAAAAAUAAAUGCAUUUUUGCAUUGACUUUUUUUUACAUUUGUGAGAUUAUGGAAAAAGUCACAAUGGAAAAAAGACUUCAUUUACUUUAAGAAUAAUAUGACUUCUUUCUUUUGAUUUUGGGGUAAAAUAUGACUUACAUUUUGUUCACAGGUUUAAUGGAAUUCACCCAUGUAAUGGAUGUUACAUGAGCAUGUACAUAAAACAUUAAUGUAGAUUAAGCUUAUUUUACUGUAAGAAACAGCUGUGAAGAAUAAAGAAAUGCCAACACAAUUCAA